CGUUCAUUUUCUUGCCAGCCCAGUUCCUCCGAGCCUCCUGGAACACAGUCGGUCUGAGCAAUGCAGUGUGGUGCUUGCCGUGCUGGACCGGCCCAUGACAGAGAUGCACGUGGUGGUAUCUACCCAGACGGUGGGCGAUGCAGAGGCAGAGCCCUUUUUUUCAAGGUACCUGGGAAGGCUAUCGCAAUGACUGGGAUGGUGAAUUUGGCUUUCGCUUUUUGGCGGAGGCCACGUUUGUGAUUACAUCGCUUGGUAGGUACGUGACUCCUGAUGGCUUGGAGGAGGAGACAACGGUCACACUUUGGGCGGCCGACUCUCAGAAGAAACUCGCAGUGGCCACAGUUGGAUCGAACUCUACAGUGCUGGAUUGCUACGCCUACUCUGAGGUAUUCCCCAGAGUCGUAGCUCGACUUGGCAAGGAAUACCGACUGACCCAGAGCUGUCACAGAGGCAUGAAAGACCCGUGGCCUGAUGGCCAUUAUUCCAUGGAAAAGCUUAGCCAAAGAAGCAGCAGCUUUGCCAGGUAUUUGGGAGGUGCCUAUGACUGCCACGGUGGUUUUCCUGCAUUUUGUGAUGCAGAAGAGGGCCGACGUGCGGGGAUGUUAAACUUCAAAGUGAUCUCUGGAAUUGCUAGUGUACCGUUUCACCCAUCAACCACAGUCUACGAGCUCAAGCAGCAGCUUGAGGCUGUGACCGGGGUGCCGCCGAUUCAACAAGAGUUGUCGUGCAACCUGAAGCCACUGUCCAAGAACAGCGAGACCUUGAGCAGUGAAGGUGUGACCAAUGGCGAGCUUUUGAUCCUGGCCGUGCGAGCAGGAUCCUUGGCAAUCACUGCAUCGCGAGAUGCUACUGCAAGGCUGUGGUCAGUGGACUCCGGCGAGUGUGUUCGUAUCUUUUCGGGGCAUUCUGAUGCCGUGCUCGAUGUGGAUUUUGCCCCAAGCGGAAGCAGCGUGCUUACUGCUUCCAAGGACUGCACUGCCAGAAUUUGGAUGGUGGAGACAGGAGAAUGCUGUGCAAAGUUGGAAGGGCACACUGGAGCGGUUGUUUCUGCGGCAUUUGCGCCUUCAGGUGCUCAGGUUGUGACGGCAUCACAGGAUCAUACUGCAAGAGUUUGGACAGUCGAUGGAACUUGUAGCCAUCUACUUGACAAGCACUUGGGUGCUGUGGUUGCUGCUUCCUUCUCUCCAGACGGCUCACGGAUCAUUACAGCCUCCACUGAUUGCACUGCUCGGGUGUGGGAACCCACCUUUGGCGAUGCCUUGCUGAAUCUCAAGGGCCACAGUGGCGGCGUCAUCCUCGGAAAGAUUUCACCGGAUGGCUCGCAGAUCUUGACGGUUGCGAUUGACACACAAGGAGUUUGUGUCCGAGACGCAGCCUCUGGAAGUGUGCUGAAGAGACUUGCCGAUGGCCAGUCGGUACAUGAUGCCGCCUUCUCACCUGAUGGCCAUCACAUCAUGGCAGCUUGCUAUGACUGGAAGUGCCGCAUUUGGAGCACGGAGACGUUUGAAAUCCUCCAGGAGAUGGCUCAUGAUGCACAAGUUGUAUCAUGCCGCUUCUCAGCAGACGGAUCCUUCGCAGUGACCAUAUGCGCCAACCAAAUGGCUUUGGUGUGGCGUGUGCUGACGGGAGAACUGGUGCACCGAUUAGGACAUUCAGGGCCAGUUGCCACUGCAUCCUUCAGCCCUGACAGCACUCGAAUGGUCACGGGCGAAGAUUGCCGUGGGCGUGUUUGGGAUGUCGUCACUGGCAGAUGCAGCGUUGUUCUGGUUGGCCACAGAGCACGGUUGGAAGCGGCGCUCGUCUCGCCAUGACUUGGCCAAAGAUGCCACCAUCUCUCACCGAGCAGUAACCGCCCUGUGGAAGCGUCCGUCCCUGUGCGGAUGAUGCCGUAUAUUUCUUUCUCCGGCAGUCACAUCCAUCACUACAUAUCAGUACGGCCUUUUCACAAUAAUAUGGCUUUAUCAUGCUUUCUCAGUGUUUUUCAGCAGAAGGGUUCAGCAAGAAUCUCAGGUGGGUCGGGGAGAUUCGGG